AUGUACUUGUCACGCACCGCAUUUCGCGCAGCAAUCUUCCACCUCACUGUUAACCCACUUAUUGUUCGCGCAUCUCUACCAAGUGCUUUCACUCUCAGCGUCGCUCCGCCGCAAAGUCCAAGUUCGCGACUGUACACCGUCCUUUUCCCUCAGUGCGCACCUAUCCUCAAGACCGAGCAAACCCGCCAAGCACACACAAUGUCGACACAACCCCCCGAGUCGCUCUAUCUCCCCUCUACCGAAGGCUCGGAGACGGGGGACGCACAGCGUCUCGACCUGAGCGCGGAAGGAGGCUCUACCGUCACGCUGGACCAUUUAGGGCCAAUGGUGGUCAAUGCCGAUGGGACUCUCGCGCGGAUUAGCAACUGGGAACAGAUGACAGAAAUUGAACGCCAGAAUACGCUGCGAAUCCUCGGGAAGCGCAACAAGCAGCGUAUGGAUGCGCUGAAAGCCGGCGAAGCAGAACAAAAAUAG